AUGGUCCCUCAAAACGCGAAGGCGGAAUCGGACGAGGAUAUCAACGGUGCGGUUGUCACUACUAGAGCAAGGGCAUCAGCCGAAUAUAGUCGCGACGAACAAAUAGUUCAAGGCUUCUACUUUGAGGGCACAAGUCGACUUUCAGCGCAGAUGUUCAAGAAAUGGAGACUAUUCGGCGUAAUCGUCAUCGGAGACGUACAGGCUAGACGUGCUCGAUUGAGCCUUGCGCCGAGUACGAGUAGCGAACCUGCGGCUUUACUCUCUACAUUAUCACAAGCUGCCGCCGACGAAGAGGUAGGCCCCAGCCAAAUUGUUGCUGAGGAGACGGCAGAUCUUAGUGACGUUGCUCCUAAUGAAACGGUAGCACUCGGAGAAGGUGGCGUUAGGAACGUGGUAGAGCUAGACUACCGGGACAAACUGCUCUUUUUUGCCUGUUAUACUGUCUUACAUGGCACUAGCACAGCGGAGCUUAGAAGGUUGAUGAUGCUAAUAGAGGUGGCCACAGGGAAGGCAGCGAAUAUUGGUGUGGCGGAUAUUAGGAAAUUUGUCGAUAACUUGGAAAGUGACCUGCGUUCAAGAAGUUACACGUUCUGCAGCUCGUGUUUUCAAACACUUGUAAAUAAACAUGCGUUGUGCGACAAUUCACGCUGCGAGCUGUAUAGAAUUCAUCCCAAGCGUUCGAAAUCAUCGAGACGGCCAUCGUUGUCUUUGCUAGACAUUCGGCCACAGUUGGAGACCGUAAUCGCUACACACUUGUCCCUUUUGAUCAACCUACAUCGACGAUUACAUGAAAGUCACUUUGACUGUGGGACACGCUCCGAUGCCAUUGAUUUCCCGCUGUUUAAAAAAAAUAUGGAAUCGUCAGAAGAGUUCUCCAGGCGCAGAAUCACUCUACAGCUGAGUAUAGCCACCGAUGGAUUCACGCCAGCACGGCUAAGCAGGCAGGAGCUUUGGCCGCUAUAUGUGCGGAUUGAUGACCUUCCGUCGAAAAUAGGAAACAUGUACCUCAAUAUAAUCUUGGCUGGCGUGCUGUGGACAACAAAAACUCCACACGAAGAGCUGUGGGAGGGUUUAUGGACUCACAUGGUUACAGAGCUGGCUGUUGUAAAUUGCAAUGAACUGCUACAAAUCCGGGAUGUAACCGGUGAUCUGUGGACUGUCAGUUUGAGACUGACACAUGCAGUCGUAGACUACAAGGGACUCCAAGACAUAUUUGGCAUACCUCGUUGGUUUUCCCGUUAUGGCUGCCAUAAAUGUCUUUUUCCGGGAAAUUGUAUUGGUCGCAAACUAAAUUGGUACUGUAGCGAACCUCUACGUUUCGCGAAGAGGACUUCAGCAAAUAUAUUAGAAGACGCAGAGUGCGGACGCAAUGGUCUCAGGGGAAAAACUUCUGCUAUGCGUCUUUUCACACCUGCGCAUUGUUGCGCAGAUGCGUUACACGUAAUAAGUGAAGGCGUCACUCACGAUCGUUUAAGAGAUCUGCUUUUCCGCGCGUCAAAAGUUGAUGAAAUGAAGCUCAAAUCUGAAACAGUUGGUGAGCUCAAUAGAGCUCUGAUGAACAUCACUAACUACACCUACAGUUCGAGGUUUAUUCUUUGUAACGAAGAUUUACCCUGUAUGACAGGUGCUGAAGUUGACGCGUUCGCAAAUGUGGUUUUUCCGCUCGUAGGAGCACUAGCGAUGUGUCCUUCUGCUCUAAGUAGCGCCUCUCUCGUGGGCUACUGGUUUUGCGUGAAAGAACUGCAGGCCUUGGAAGAUCUCACUACAGUCAAGAUUCGCGUUAUACAAUCUGUGGCGCUGCACGUGAAGCAAAUUUGGAGUUGCUUGUCACAAGAUAUUUUCACAAUCAAAACACAUAAUUUUUUCGAUCAUUGUAUAGUGGAUGAGAUUGAGCAGCAUGGGAGUCCGUAUUUGUGGUCUGCAGCACCGUUCGAGGCCAUCCACCGUGUUUUGCAGAUACCCCACAACCAAUUUGUGACAAAUUCGGAUGCAAGAAUUUUGACUAGAUUCGUCACCAUCAAAAAAUUGGUAAGGCUCUUGGAAAGGGCUGUAGAAAAAAAUCGCUCGGAGAAUUUUGCUAAAUUGCUUCGCGAUAUGCAAAAUGAAGAGGAAAGAUUUCCCCUUCAAGUCCAACUGGGAGCCGGUUAUUAUAUUCCGCAACAUUCCGAAGUAAGAGAAGAUAACCUGUGCGAAGAACAUCGGGCAAUCUUCCAGCGUCACCAUAGGGGUCUACGCGAUGUCAAAAUAUACUCGCGCUUGGUCGUCAGCGGAAAGGUCCUAUCCUCUAAAGUGUAUUGGCAAAGGACCACUGAUACAGAUGCCUCUAGCUUAUACCUCAGAGUUUCAUGCGGGAAUAAUAUGGAUAAAGUAUAUAUGCUGACUUUCUUAUUUACUGUCUUCUUGAGGAUAUCGCGAGGAGAAGAGGAGCAACAAACUCUGAUGGCUUACAAAAAGGCUAAGUCUUUAAAACGCGUGCAGUCGCAAGUCAAAAUGAAGACAGUCAAAAUGAAGACUAAAAGAGGUGCAACACCUAAGCGCGAAGAGUCACCAUUGUUUAUGUGCGAGCCUAAGAAGGAGGUUUUGGAUGAUGUGGAAGAAAUUGAAAUUGAAAAGCCAAGGAGCGACUCUUCGGAUUCCUCUGAACUGGGGUUGGAACGAGUAUAUGCGACUCUAGAGCCUGUUCAAGCACUGCAUACGUCUACCGUACAUUCGCCAGAUGUGACAGAGCAUGGUUCAGCGCAGCAGAUAGGAUGGUCAUCUUCUUCGGAGCCAGGCACAUCGCAACAAGUACCUUGGUCAAAUGAACCAGGAAUUGAAAGGGCGCCAGUCGGUUCGGCACCUCCCUCGCAGCAACCUACCUUGCAGUCGGACGCUUUGGACGUAAUGCGCACAUGUUUGUCGCGUGAAAUUGGAAGCACGGAAUUUUCAACCCCGCUCUAUGCAAUGGUUGCAAGAGGAACGCCGUUAUCAAGUGUCACUCUGCAGGAGACGCUCCACCAUUGUAGGCAAGUAACUCAGUUCGAUCUACAGGAUCUGUCUAGAUUGGUGCAGAGCGCCGAGCGCUCUAGGCAUGGUAUUUCUUUAUUUGAUAACAUCGAAACAACGCGGCUCUUGGUAGAAAACGCGAUAUCCAACCGCGUGCUGGUUAAUCUUCUGCUAACAAAGAACAGAGAUCUCGAGUCUCAAAUCCAUGUACUGCGACAGAUCUGCAACAAGCUUACUAGCGGAAUCAGCGAGUCCUCUUCCACCAUAAGCUUCAGCCCUGAUAAUCUCAAGAAACAGCACAUAAUCAAGCGUAGUUCACCAUUCAAGGAACUAAACCUCAACGAGCUUCUCGCCGGCUACACAGCUCCGAGUAGAGUCAAACACAAGACUUCGCUCGUCAUCAAUGACUUUUCACGUGUGAUCUUCAGACAGGUUUGUGGACCAGAUCCCUCAGAUAUAUGGAAUUUUGCUCAUCGUACAUCUAAUGUAUCGCGCAAGCCGGAUUUACAAGAUCUGCCUGAGUCCAUAGUUAUCACACUCAACGAUUUCGUAUUGGAUGCGCUUAGCCUCGGCAACGAGGAUUUGGAGGGAUACAGAUUGAAUUCGAUAAGAAGCUUGCGCACUAGUUACUGGAUCUCUCUGGGUACAUCCGAUGAAGAACGCGAGAAAAAGUUCAACUAUCUGCUGGAGCAAAAAACUUUCUACUGCGGCCAAAUCAGGACCUGUAUCGCAGAAGCACUGAACAAUAUGCUCUACAAGCUGUUGCUUUUUGCACUUCUGGUAUCCGUGUAUGGUGGUGGUCCCAAUCAGCCGAAGCGCUUUGAUGUCGCGCCGUCCAGUGAUGCCGGACCAUUGAGCAUUGGUUCUAAUGGACCGCGGCCAAGACCGCAACUAAGACCACAACCUCAUAGUGGUCGCGGACACGUGCAUCCCGGACCACAGUGCCCUAUCAGAAAUCCCAGCUAUGAAGCCUGGUACAGCAAAUUCAAGAGAAGGGGAUGGGAUUUCAGUAGUGAUCAGGGCGAUAUUUUACUCGAGAAGGUUAGAAGUUUGCCUUGA